AUGAGAUCUGCUAGGUUAGAGGAUGAAGAAGCUGCGAGCUUUCAAUCAGAGUAUGUUCCAUCUAUGGUUAUUAGGGAACAUAACAAGCAUAUUAUUCAACCACCUAAUUUCUCUUUACAUUCCAUCUCAAAGUACUUUAGAACAAGAAUUCCGUCGUUGUUUUUAUCACAAGACGAAUUAGACCAGUUCACCUGGAGUGAUGUAUUUAAUCCGUUCUCAUCACUUAAAGAAAUGAAUUCUCGCCAAUGGAAUUUUUUUUUAGUUGGCUUCGCUGGUUGGACCUGGGAUGCAUUUGAUUUUUUCCUUGUUAGUUUAAAUGUUUCGUCUAUUGCAAAGGAUCUUGAUAAAACAGUUAAAGAUAUCACUUGGGGUAUCACUUUAGUGCUUAUGCUUAGAUCAGUUGGUGCAGUAAUAUUUGGCUUAUGGGGUGAUCGAUAUGGGAGAAAAUGGCCUUAUAUUACAAAUAUGUUCCUAUUGGUUGUUCUUCAAAUUGCUUGUGGAUUUGUUAAGGAUUAUAAAUCAUUCUUGGGGGUUCGUGCAUUAUUUGGAAUUGCCAUGGGUGGUAUGUUUGGUAACUGUGCUGCUUGUGCAUGUAUGUAUUUUAUCAAUUGA